CAUCACGCAUUUGUGUAUUACUACGUGAACGAUCGUGUCUGUGAUACAUCAGUGUUAAAAACCGUAAAAUAUGAUAGGAGAAGGGUACAAGAAAAUGCCUUCAAGUGUAUCUAGCGUACCUUUAAUAAGGUGGGUAUAAUUUUCCUCUUAAUUAAGAGCUUACUUGACCCUGAUAUGGCAGUAUGGCACUUCAUGGAUUGCAAAAUAAUUGUCUGUGAAUCAGAACAAACACAGUGCGGUUAUCAUUUGCGUUUCAGUCGCGGUAUGGGUAUAAUGUCGAUUGUUAAUUUGUCAAGUGUGUAUUUUCAGUUGAUUGGGCUUCUAUCGUCAUAUUCGUUCGAUGGCGAGGUUCGAGCGAGAUCGAAAUUUUGAAUGAUCAGAAGUAAAUGUUGAUUUCCGUGAUGGAAACAAACUUUGAAAACAUUAUACAGUCCGAUCCAUCUACAUUUUGUAAAGACAUUUUAAUGAAUGUAAUUAAUUUUGGUUAACCCUUAAAUGUCGUUAUGAAGAAAUUCACACAUAAAUUUUCAGUUUCUAUCGAAAACAGUGAAAAUUACCAACAGUGCAUGCAAUCCAACCCUGUGGUAUACCCUCGGUGUUUUUUUUUAAACUUGUUUUCAAAAUUUUAGAACCGUUUAAACAUGACUUGAAAAAGUUACUGUAUAUUCAUUUGUUUUUUUGUAUUUAUUCUUGAUAGAUUUGAUAAUGUAGUAUUGUCUUGGCCAUCAGCAAAUCAGCACAGUUGUAGUUAUUGAUAGUAUGUGGAUACAUUUGCAUUUCCUUUCACAAUUAACUUCUAGCAUUGAGUACUGUGCAUUGUUCCAUGGCAUGGCACCUUACCAUAACUGUUCUCCUCCUUUCCCAGGAAUUUAUAAGAGGUUUUAUUACGAAAUACAAAUAGUGAAAUAACUUGGACAGGUGUGGCAUCUGGUUCAGAUGAAACCAUGAUUUGUAUAGAAAUACUUAUUGUAAGGGAAAACAUUAGCCUGGUUCUAAUUUAUUCUCAUAAAUAUGCUACACUUGGCUAAACUGAUGAUAAUUGCUGCACUUUUUAGGCCGUCAGUGUUUAGACAAGUCACAGAUUUUGCAAAUGUUUUUAAAGCAUUUAUUGGAACCAACUGGAUUGGUCUGCCAUUUGCUUUUAAACAAAGUGGAAUUGUGGUAAGUCAAAAGUUAGCUGCUUAUUGAUAAAACUGUUUUAUUGCAGUAUAUUUGUCAACAAAAGUCUCCUUUAGGCUAUGGAUGGUGAAGAGGCCAUUUUGAACUACAUGAUGUGAUUAAAAAAAUGUCCUUGUUUAAAUUGUCUCAAACCAUCUUAAUUUUUACUUUUUUAAAUUUUUUUUUUUGGUUAACAUUUUCUGAGUGGUACUGUACAGAUAUCAAUCAAACAAUAAAGUUAAUGUUGAUCAUUUCUUUUCAGCUUGGAUGUGUGGGAAUCCUUAUCAUUGCACUCAUCACAGAUCACUGUUGCCAGUUGAUCAUCAAGUGUAAGAAAGCCGCCGUUCAAAUUGUUCUAGACUCAGCCCCAAAGUCAGAUGAUAUUGAAUCCCUGGAUACAGACAUGACUGACAUGCGAAACACUGUAGAGAAAAGGAUGUUUUUUGGAGAAAUUGGUAGAAUUGCUUUGGGCAAGAAGGGAGUGUUCCUUGUAAAUGCAGCACUUCUUACCACACAGUAUGGCUUCUGCAUUGGUUAUUUCAUUUUUUUGGGCAACACCAUUACAUCAAUGUUUCCUCCACCACAUAAUUCUUCCAAUGACACAAAUACUACAGCAAAGUCACAUGGGAAUUACCAUCCUCCUGCAUUUGCUCUGCUCAUUCUUGUGCCACUGAUCCCAUUGAUACUGUUUUCAUACAUUAGAAGUAUUCGUAAACUGGGUCCAGUAAGUUUUGCAGCUAAUGUGGCUCUCCUGGUGGCUUUUGUUUCAGUAGUGGGAUAUAUGUUAAGUGGUAAGUUUCAUGUUAUCAUGAUUUUUAACCCUUUAACUCCCAAGAUCAAAUUGUUAAUUCUCCCCUCAAGCUGCCACAUAUUUCCUUGUAAAUUAGUAAUGAGAAUUUGUUGUUAGAUCAAGACAACAACUUCUAACUGAUAAGUUUGAAUAUUCUCAUUACCUGUUUGCUGGAUAAUGUAAGGAUGUCAUAGGGAGAAGUUUUUUGUUGAUCACUUGCAGGAGUCAAAGGGUUAACUGGCCAGACAGGAUAAUUAACAACUAUGAUUUGCACCAAAGUGGAGAUAACUCUUCCAACACUUUCACCAAGACUCAGUUAGAUAUUAAUUCUUUUAGCAUAUACCACACAAGAACCAAAAAUUUCUUCCCUGAUGAUGUUGAAAAAAAUAGUCAGAAAUUAAACUCUUGAUACACAAUUGAAAGGCUCAGAGCAAGAACGAUCCCUUGAUUUUUCGGCCAUUUUUGAAAGUGUUCAGAAGUAGUUGAAUUUUGGCAUGCUCUGAGCCUUUCAAUUUUGUCUCUUUUGAUUGCUCCAAGGUCAGUAAUACUUGCUAAUCAGCUCGGAGCUGGCCAAUCAAGGCUUGCAAAAAGUUAUAUUGACUUGUGUGGUAUAAUAAUUCUUUGGUCAUUCCAAAUAUGGUUACACUGACAGACAAAAGACAAAAGAUAUUAUUUUUAAUGACCUAAAAUUGAUUUGUGCCGAUUCAUUUCUGUAUCUAUUUUAUUAACCCUAACCAGAGCCCUAAAAUAUUUUUAUGUAUAGCGGUAGCAGAUUAAUUACCUCUAGUCAGACAAGUCUUGUUCCAAUUUGUUUUGCAUGUAGGUUUAAAAUUCAAACUAAAGGAAAUCAGGCUGUCAAACUGGGCUACAUUUCCAGUUUUUUUUGGCCAAGUGACCAGUGCUUAUGAAGGAAUUGGAACUGUAAGUAUUCUGCUGGGCUUUUCACUUCUAGUUAAAUAAUAGACUUGACAUUGUUACAUUUAGUAGACAAGGGUUACUGAGAGGGGGAAGGGAAGAGAUGUAACCUUUCAAAAUCAUAAAAACUUGGUAGAAAUAAUCAAUAUGAGAAACACAAUUCUGUUUUUUUUUAAUGUAGUUGUUUUUUAUUUCUGUUAGUUCUGCACUUGAUAAUUUCCAUUUGGUAAUGGAUCCUCCAUUAUCCGUCCUCAAUUCUUGAAAAAUGUGGAGGAUUUUCUGUAAUGAUCCUCUUCCCUUUUACAUGCUUCAGUCCUUAACCCUUUAACUCCUGUGAGUGACCAAAAUAGAGAUUCUUCUCACUAUAUCUAUACAAUAUCAUGCAGACAAGUGAUGAGAAUAAAGAAAAAUGUCAAUGAUGGGAUUACUAAUUGGUCCGAUACCAAAUUCUUCAAACUAACAUAAUGGGAAUCAUUUGACAGACAGUAAGCAGAAUUACUAAUGAGAUCUUGAGAGUUAAAGGGUUAAGUCUCACCCAUGUCUUCUGUAUACUUCAUUAGCAAGUAACUUUCAGUGAGUGAUCAAUUCAAAAGCUUAUCAUCUUCCAUUAGUCAUUCACACUUGGCUUGGUGAGAGAGAUCUGGAGCUAACCUCCUGCUUGAUUAGCUUUAUGCCACCCAUUCUGUUGGGUUACCAUUAAGACCUGUAUUUACAAGGGAGAAUAGUCUCCUUAUCUGAGUAAAAAAUGGUUUAACUCUUGCCAUUAAAAUUUAGCUAAAGAAUUCUGUGUAGUAUGUGGAGAAUUUACUCUGAUGCUGGGAUCUUAAGUACCCUGGACAUAAUCCCAGUUCAUUGUAAGCUUACCUUUUGGUAAAAUGGUGCUCUUUUAAAAUCAUCAGUAGGAAAUGUUUCAUUUGAAUUUUUCUUUUUUCAGUUGAUUCCCAUUGAAACCAGCAUGGCAGAGAACCGACACAGAUUCCCUUUGUAUUUACACUUUGCUGUUGGAUCCCUUUCAGUAAUUCUUGGUUGUUUUGGUAUUCUUGGAUACACAGUGUAUGGGGAAGAAGUAAAUCAGAUUGUUACAGAAAGCUUUCCUUCAGGAGUAUUGAUUCAAGUGGUUCAAUGUUUGCUGUGCUUUGCUAUACUCCUGACGUAUCCUCUCCAGGUCUUUCCAGUUAUAGAGAUCAUUGAGGGUUGGCUGUUUAAAUCUGACAAUAACACUGCAGUGGAGACCAGCACCAGCACUAACAGUGAAUCAUCUGAUGUAUCUGUAGGAGUACAGGCCAGUGAAAGUUCUUGGUUACUUGCACCAGAAAUACCAAAACAGAAAAGCUUGGUAAGUAAAAAGGAAAAAAUGGCACAGAAAGUGAAGAAGAUUAUUUUAUUUGUUUCAUUAUUGUGGUUAUUUGAACCAGACCUGAUACUGUUUUGAUAUGUACAGUAUUUAUGACACCCAUUAGACAAUACUCCACUCUAUGUGAUAAGCACUCUUCAAAACAAUCAAAACUUUUAAAAAAUAGGAGAAUCUUCUAUUACUUUGAAAAGGUCUAGAGUCUGGAGUGUCUUAUUAGUUAGACUGUGUGAUCUUCGUUAGACAUGGCUAAAUUCAUGAAUUUGCUGUCCUAACAUUUCAAACCACCCAGCAUCCUACAAACAGAUUUGUCUGGCAUUUUAUCCCUCCAAAGGGGAUGAGAUUAUGUUUGUGUACUCCCAACAGCGUGAAAUUUAGGGGAAUUUCACACAAAUUGGAGGAUACUACAUGUCCAACCUGGAUCUCAAAGGUUAUCCCAACUAGCAUUUAGUGUACCAUGUGUGCAUAGUUUAAUCUUUCGAUUCCUCUCCUGUUUACAGGCAAGGAAGUGGAAGAAAAAUCUGCUGCGAACAUUUAUAGUUUUGACAACUGCUGGCAUUGCUAUAGCACUGAAAGAUGAUUUUGCAUAUGUUAGUGCUAUUGUUGGUUCUAUUGGAAGUGCUACCCUGGGCUUCAUUUUACCUUGUAUUUUCCACUUGGUACUUUGUAAAGACUCGAACACAAUGCUAAUCAAAGUCAAAGAUUGUUUAUUUAUAGCCUUUGGUAUCAUUGGAGGGGUUGUAGGUGUAACAAUAACGAUAGAACAGAUUGUUCAACAAUUUACUAAAAGUUAAUAACAAUUGUUUACAAUUGAGAAUGUUUUAACCCUUCAAGUCCUACUAGUAACCAAGACAGAAAUUCUCCUUAGGCUAUCAGUUCAAUAUCAAGCAGACAAGUAAUGAGAAUAAUGAAAAAUAUCAAUUUGGGGAUGAUUAGUUGAUCCAAUUCUACAUUCUCUGAACUAACAUUAUAAGAAUUGUAUGGUUGACAGUAUAGAGAAUUACAAAUUUGAUCUGGGAGUUAAAGGGUUAAACUACCUGUAAAGAGUAGCUUUAUGUUUUUUCAUAAUUUAUUUUAUUAUUUUAAUCUGUAAAAGGAAAUGAUUAUAAUAUAUAUUAGGCUUCAAAUUUUCAUAGUUAUGCUGCUUUGCAGCUAUGUUCAACUAUUUCCAGGAGGAAUUUUUUUAUGGGAAACAUUUGUUCCAAUUCAUUUUAUACAUACUGAAAGGAAACCCAGUGGGUAAGGAAUCGUAAAAAAUAUUAUUGUAGAAAUCAAUGAUUGAUUUUUGACAUUCACAACCAAGCAUAUACAAGUAGAAGAUAUGCCUGAGUAAUGUUUCCUUCUCAAUCAUCAAGUGUUGAUUCAGGCAAAAAAUGAUUCUUUAUAAACUAUUUUAAAAAUUCCAAUGGAGAAAACUGUUGAAACAAAAGUUAGCAAAAUAAGUUUAAAAAGUGUAAUUUAAAAUUAUGGAAAUUGCCAUAAAUAUUGUUUUGUUUUCAUUUGUGCUAACUUUGGGUGGUAGAGAACAAAAAUGAUGAUGUGGAGAGUGGAGACAAAAAAGUGAACUUGGAUAAGGGCUUGCUUUCACCAGAGGUGUUUGUUUUAAAACUUCCAAUGGAGAAAACUGUUUAAAGAAAAAUGAGCAAAAUAAGUUUAAAAACGCACAUAAAAAUAGAAAUUGCCAUAAAUAUUGUCUUGUUUUUAUUUGUGUUAACUUUGGGUGGUAGAGGGCAGAAAUAAUGAAGUGGAGACUAAAGAGUGAAAUUGGAGAAGUGCUUCAUUCACCCAGCUAUCUUUCAGCACUAAAGGACAAAAGUUGGCAAUCAUUGAUGUGGGAGACUGGGUACUGGAGACAAAGUCUCACCCUGGAUUGACUACAGGGCCCAGUUGUUUGAAGGCCGAUAAGCGCUAACCUGGGG